AUGGGUCAAUUUGGUAUCGUGUUAACCAUCGUCUUAAUUGGCUGUUCAGUUCCAAGUUCCAUGGCGAAAUUAGAGGAAGCCAACAUGUUGGGAACGGUGAUUGGGAUAGAUCUAGGGACUAGUUAUUCCCGUGUUGGCGUUUACAAAAAUGGAGAAGUUGAAAUCAUAGCAAACGACCAUGGAAACCGUAUCACUCCAUCAUGGGUGGCGUUUACCGACUCUGCGAGGUUGAUCGGUGAGACUGCAAAGAAUCAAGCAACCAAAAACGCCCCCAGAACCAUAUUUAAUGUUAAGCGACUAAUUGGAAGAAAGUUCGAGGACAAAGAAAUACAGGAGGAUAUGAAACUUGUUCCUUACAAAAUUACGAACAAGGAUGGAAAACCUUAUAUCGAAGUCAAACUUAAAGAUGGUGAAACUAGGGUUUUUAGUCCUGAAGAGAUCAGUGCUAUGAUUCUAACCAAGAUGAAGGAGACCGCAGAAGCGUUUCUUGGAAAGAAAAUUAAAGAUGCUGUUGUCACUGUUCCUGCAUACUUUAACGAUGCACAAAGGCAAGCUACAAAGGAUGCUGGUGUAAUCGCUGGAUUGAAUGUGAUUAGAAUCAUCAAUGAACCUACAGCAGCAGCUAUCGCAUACGGGUUAGAUAAGAAAGAUGGAGAGAAGAACGUAUUGGUUUUUGACCUUGGUGGAGGCACAUUUGAUAACGACCUCGUUGAGGUUCUUGCCACAAAUGGAGAUACCCAUCUUGGAGGUGAGAGCUUUGAUCAAAGAAUAGUCGAGUACUUCAUCAAACUGAUCGAGAAGAAGCAUGGAAAGGACAUCAGUGAAGACAAGCAAGCUAUUGGAAGACUACGAAGGGAAGCUGAGAGUGCCAAGAAGGCGUCGAGCAGUCAACACCAUGUUGGUGUUGAAAUUGAUUCUCUCUAUGAUGGUAUAGAUUUCUCUGAGCCCUUGACUAGGGCGCAAUUUGAGGAAUUGAACAACGAUUUGUUCGAAAAGAUGAUGGAGACUGUGAAUAAGGCCUUGGGAGAUGCAGGAUUAAAAAAGCAACAGAUCGAUGAGAUUGUUUUUGUUGGUGGAAGUACUCGGAUCCCAAAGCUUCAGCAGCUCCUCAAGGACUACUUUAAUGGGAAGGAACCCAUCAAGGGUGUGAACCCUGAUGAAGUCGUGGCAUAUGGUGCUGCAAUAAAAGGAGGUAUUUUGAGCGAGAAGGAAGCGAGGAAACCAAAGAUAUCUUUCUUUUGGAUGUGGCUCCCCAUACGAUUAGUAUUGAAACCAUCGACGGGAUGA